CUCUCUCUCUCUCUCUCUCUCUCUCUCUCUCUCUCUCAUAUUAAAAAGAAAAACCUCACUCUGAGAACAAUAUAAUCGCAGAGAUGGAACCAAACGUGCCACCAGUGAUAGCGAAGAGAAUAUGGAGCAUAGUACGUGUAGCUUUCUUCAUGUUGCGAAAAGGCAUAUCCAAGAGAAAGCUAAUGCUCGACCUCAACAUGAUGAUGAAGCGUGGCAAGAUCGCCGGAAAAGCUAUCACCAACCUCAUGUUCAACCACAACCACCACCACAACGCCGCGUCCUCGGCCCCGCGCGAGUACGAGUUCAGCUGCAGCAACACCCCCAACUACACCUUCCACCUCAGCAAUAAGCGCCGCCACCACAGCCACAACAACCAUCACCACAGCCACUUCUUCUCUUGCGCCCACGCGCCGGCGACCCUAGACGAUGACUUAGCCACUAUGAAUGCUGUUAAGGCGGUGCUGAUGGAGAUGUUGAACAACGAAGCGGCGGUGGAGGCAUCGCCGGCACUCCCUGGCUUCGGACGGAGCCCCAUGGUGAGGCAGCUGAGGAUAACGGACUCGCCGUUCCCGUUGAGGGAAGCCGACGAGGACUCCCACGUAGACAAGGCUGCCGAGGAGUUCAUAGAGAGGUUUUACAAGCAGUUGAGGCAGCAGAAGUGAUUAAUGGCGGGAGGAGUAAAGAGGAGUCGGUCUUUAUUAUAAAUUUCGGGCAAGAGAUCAGCUUUGUUAUAUAUGGACAUUACGUCUAUUUGGGACGAGACGACCUCCAUGUCUUUGUUCGGAUCACAAUAAAAUUAUUGUACGAAGUUUCAGUUUAUGUGUAAGCAUAUGUGUAUGUCAUGUUGGUAAUCCUAGCUAGCUAGCUAGCCAGGAGAAGGAAUUAAGUUUUCGUUUUUUCAUUUUUUUGAAAGGAAGAGAAGGAAGUUUUCAGACUGUAAUGUAAGGAGGGAGAGAUGUGCAUACUGCUA